UCUCUCUCUCUCUCUCUCUCUCUGAGCUUUCCAUGAAAAGCGUCGGGAAAAUGGGGAAAUACAUAAAGAAGAGCAAACUCGACGGAGAAUCUCUACCUCUAAUGGACGUCUCUCCUUCUCCCCUCGGUGUCCUCACUCGAGCCAAAUCCCUAGCUCUCCAGCGCCGCCUUCAAAAACCCUCGCCUUCCUCCUCCUCGCCGUCGAAACAGAAGACGACUACGGAUUGCGUCGGCGGCGGCGGUGGGUCGUAUCUUCAGCUAAGGAGCCGUCGGCUCCAGAAGAAGCCGCCGAUUGUAGUGAUUCGUCGGAGAAAGAAGCAGCGGAGGGUCCGGAACCCUAACCCUAGCCCUCAAAAUCAGGAUUCGGGUCGUGGGUCUGGCGGUGGUGACGGGUCUAGGUCCGAUUCGGUUGGUGAGAGUGGUGUGUGUGGUAAAGCGAAGGACUUUAACGGUGAAAUCAACGUGGCUGAGCUUCAAGGCAGUGAAAGUUUCAACAGGACCACAAGGGAAUCCACGCCAUGCAGUUUGAUGAGAAAACCGGAAAGCCCGGGAUCAUCCACUAAGCUUAACAAUGGUGUAAGUGACAACAGCAACGAGAGAGAAGAGAGUUUGUCAGGCAGCCGUGGUCACCUACCAACCACACCUGAAAUGGACGAGUUCUUCUCCGGUGCUGAAGAAGAGCAACAAAAGAUAUUCAUUGACAAGUACAACUUUGAUCCUGUGAACGAACAACCACUACCAGGACGGUUUGAAUGGAAGAAGGUAGAUGAUUAGAGACAACAAAACCAAAGGGUGGGGUGGUGUUAAUAGUUAACAACGCUAUAUUAACAUUUUCCUGCUAAUUAUCGGUUUGAUCUUUUAUUUCCAUCAUCCGUUUCUUAACUUUCUCAACAUGUAAAGAACUUAGGAUAAAAAAACGCAUGUAGCGUUUUUAAAUUGGUGUCUGUAACAACAUAAGGCUGAAAAGGGUUUGUGUAACACAGAACUGAUACCAAUCCUUUUCAGGUCUAAACAGAUCACCUUAGUAGUAGUAGUAGUAGUAGUAGUAGUACUAAACCAUAAGUGGAGGUUAACCCAAAGUCUGUUGGCGUUUAGGGGUUUAGAGUUGUUUCGGUUAAUGGUUUAUUGAAGUCUUUUCAUAACUCUUUGUCUUGUAUCCAUUUGUGGUGUAUACAUGUACUGAUCUGAAAACUCGUUUCAAUAAAGACUUAUCCUUCUCUGUC